AUGAUAAAGGAAUUUGUGAUAUUUUUCCUACCAUUGCAAAAUGUUAUCAGUAUUGGCUUUUAUGAUAUCCCGGGAAGUUAUUGUGCAAAACGAUCACCAACAUGCUGCCCAAAUCGCGAUGAUCAAUGCACGAUGUCAAUCCUAGGAAAUCAUCGCUGUUAUUGUGAUAUGUUUUGUGAUCGAGGCGAAUAUGGUAAUGAUUGCUGCCCGGAUUUCAAAAAAGUUUGCCGAUUCAGUCCAAGAACAUUAGCGCAAGGUCAGUAUUCAGAUUGCAUCCACGAUGGAAUAACAUAUUCAGAAGAGGACACAAUCAUCAAAAAUUGCAAUAAAUGUACGUGUAUUGACAAUCAAUGGAAAUGUGAUGAUGCGCCAUGUUUAAUUCAAGAAGAUUUACUAUUAAAAGUUCAACAUGGAAGAUACACAUGGACAGCGCGAAAUUAUUCGGAAUUUUGGGGACGUACAUUGGAAGAUGGAAUACGUCAUCGUCUUGGAACACUUUUUCCGGAACGAAGUGUUCAGAAUAUGAAUGAAAUGGUUGUUAAACCACGCGAAUUACCAACAAGUUUUGAUGCACGACAAAAAUGGCCUAAUUUCAUACAUCCAAUUCAGGAUCAAGGUGAUUGUGCCAGUUCAUGGGCGCAAUCAACAGCAGCUACAUCAGCUGAUCGUUUAGCGCUAAUAACAGACGGUCGGCAGAAUGUUUUACUUUCGGCUCAACAGUUUCUUUCAUGCAAUCAACAUCGACAAAAAGGUUGCGAAGGUGGUCACCUAGACCGAGCCUGGUGGUAUAUUCGAAAGUUUGGAGUGGUAAGCGAAGAAUGUUAUCCAUACGUAAGCGGAAUUACAAGAAAACCUGAAACAUGCCAAAUACAAAAAUCUAAGCACGCUAGUGAACGAGAAUGCCCAAGUGGAUAUCAUGAUUCACGAAUGUACCGUACCACACCAUCCUACAGAGUUUCAAGCAGAGAGAAAGAUAUUAUGUCUGAAAUAUUAGCAAAUGGUCCGGUUCAAGCAACAUUCCUUGUUCACGGAGAUUUCUUCAUGUAUAGUGCCGGUGUUUACAAACAUUUACCAACAAAUGAAGAUGAGCCGGAAGGAUAUCAUUCAGUACGACUUCUCGGAUGGGGUGAAGAUUAUUCAACAGGUUUACCGGUAAAAUAUUGGAUUGCUGCAAAUUCAUGGGGUCCUAAUUGGGGUGAAAAUGGUACAUUUCGCAUCUUGCGCGGUGAAAAUCAUUGUGAUAUUGAAUCAUUUAUUGUUGGCGCAUGGGGUAAAGAAUUCAAGAAACGCCGACGUUUGUUGAAAUUACGAAAAAUACGACGGCGAUUUCGGACAAUAUAA